UGUGGAACAAUGAACCAAAUCUUUUUGCUUAGGAGUUUUUAAGAUAUGACUACCAAACAACUUCUACUUUUUUAAACUUCUUAUUUUUAGCUUUAACUUUAGAGUAGCUUGUAAGUAAAUAGUAAGCCGGGUCAAACAUAACCUUAACUAAUGGGAUCUUAAUAAAUUUGAUACUUAUUGUCUCUCUUCUAAGAUAUUGGUUUACAGAAAUCUAUAUUUUGAGAAAAUAUGACAUUUAAACAUUUGUUUUAGGCCACACUACAGUGUCAAUAUGACAGCAGUUCAAGUUGGCCAAACUUUCCUUAGUCUAUCAAUAGAUGCUUCAGCACAAGGGGACGGAAAAGGGACAAUAAUUGACAGUGGUACAACCUUGGCCUAUCUGCCUGAAGGGAUUUAUGAGCCGCUAGUAUCCAAGAUCAUUUCUCAGCAAACUGGUCUAAAAGUUCAGACUCUCCAUGACGAGUAUACAUGCUUUCAAUAUUCUGAGAGUGUUGAUGAUGGAUUUCCAGCUGUCACAUUUUAUUUUGAAAAUGGACUCUCGUUAAAGGUUUAUCCACAUGAUUACUUGUUUCUCUCUGGAGAUUUCUGGUGUAUUGGUUGGCAAAAUAGUGGGACACAAUCAAGAGAUAACAAAAAUAUGACCCUAUUAGGAGAUUUAGUGCUUUCAAAUAAACUUGUCUUCUACGACCUAGAAAAUCAGGCUAUUGGAUGGACCGAGUACAACUGUUCUUCAAGCAUUAAAGUGAAGGAUGAGCGCACAGGAACGGUCCAUUUAGUUGGUUUCCACUACAUUUCUUUUGCAUGCGUUUUAAACAUCAACGGAAUGAUGAUCUUGUUUCUACUUGCUCUGCUACAUACACUGGUUUAUUGAAACAGAACAGCAAAUACAUAUACUAAAGUCAAAAUUAUGGCAACAGGAUUUGGAAAUAGAAAGGACAAAAAAUGCUAAGUGAGAAAUUGAGUUUUCAGGAACUUGCAUGAUUUUUAAAUGUAAUCUUGAAGGGAGACUAGGACACUGACCAUUGGGAACCUUCGCUGUGGGUCAAAUUUUUCAUCCCAAUCCCCAUGGUGAAUAUGUAAAUUACAUCCACCAAUUGUAUAUGUUAUUAGACUUAGCUUCGCUCUCAAUGCCAAAUGUAUAAUUCUCAUGCGACAACCUACGCAUGUAACGCAACUUUUAAUUGCAAAUAUUUAAGUUAGUUAUUGUUGACCA